GGUAACGCGCGUAAGCCAUGCGCGGGCCAAGCUUUCUCACGUCACAGCCGAAAUAGAGGUCACCAGUUUCCGCCUGCCUUGCGAGGGCUGUUAAACCUCCUCUCUCUUCCUCCUCACUCGGUUCCCGUAACCUACCUGGAAUGCCUGCGUGACAGAUCCUUCACGGUACCUGGUGCCGCCAGUGCUUCUCUAUCAGUGCUGUUGAACAAACCAGAGGACUAACCCGUCAUCGUCGUCGUCAAUCACUGAGACGGAGUUUUUUGGAUUGCCGAACUGGAACACCAUCGUACGGUGAAGCAGUUGCUGCAGCUCCGAGAUGGUGAUCAUCAUGGAAAACAACAACCAUUGUGGUACUUACAAUGGGGCCAAACCUGACGUAUCCUCCCCCAUCGGGGAGUUCUUCAAGGACAGAGGAGUCUUCGUCACCGGUGGGACUGGAUUUCUCGGAAAGAUCCUCAUCGAGAAAAUCUUGAGGUCCUGUCCCGAAGUGAAGAAUGUGUUCGUUCUCCUCCGGAGCAAGGAUGGCAUGAAUCCCAGUGAAAGAAUGCAGGAGCUGCUCAAUGUUCCGGUAUUUGACCGGAUCAAGAAGGAGAACCCGAUGGCUCUGACGAAGCUCGUCCCCGUGGUCGGUGACAUUCUCGUACCAGGAUUGGGACUCAGCAUUUCAGACUUGGCCCUGUUGGUGGACAACGUUACAGUAGUCUUUCACUCCGCAGCUUCUGUCAGAUUUGACGAACCGUUAAGGAAAGCCAUAGAAAUCAACGUUUUAGGAACAAGAAGAGUACUGGAGCUUUGUCACAAGCUGAAAUCCAUAGCCGCGUUUGUUCACGUAUCGACUGCCUACUGUUUCUGCAACAAAGACCACGUCGACGAGAUCGUUUACCCAGAGAAAGUCCACUACCAAAGAGUCAUCGAUGCUUCAGAGUGGAUAGACGAGAAACUUCAAGAGCAGAUCUUGCCACACGUUAUGAGCGGUCGGCCGACAACGUACCACUACACGAAAGCUCUCUGUGAAAGCAUGUUAGUCGAAGAAGGUGGGAACCUCCCAAUCAUCAUUCUAAGACCAUCCAUCGUAACAGCCACGUACAGAGAACCUUUUCCCGGUUGGGUCGACAACACAAAUGGUCCCGCAGGAUUUGUUAUCGCCUCAGGCAAGGGCGUUUUACGGACGAUGAUGAUCCGGCCCAACAGUUCCGCCGACAUCUACCCGGUCGACAUGGUUGCCAACAUGAUGAUAGUCAGUGCGUGGCACGCCUGGAAAGUGGGACUCGCCUCCCAACUGGUCAUCAACUGCACCACGGGUCCAAUGCGACGGAUAACGUGGGAGCAAAUCUUCGACUACUCAAAGCCCAUUGUGCUCAAGUACCCCAGCUACGAACUGUUCCGGUACCCUGGUGGAAGCUUCAAGACGUCCCGUUUUUGGCACAACGUAGCCAUGCAACUCGAUCACAACCUGCCUGCUAUAGUAGUCGACACAGUUUUCUUCCUCACUGGACAGAAGCCUUUCCUCAGGGACAUUUACAAAAGAAUUCAUCGAGCUCUGGGUAUUCUCGAGUUCUUCGUCCUCCACGAGUGGACCUUUGCGGUGGACAACCUCAAGAUGCUACAAGCGGAACUUAAAGGCAGCGAUAGAAAAGCGUUUGACUUCGAUAUCCGUACCGUCGACUGGGUGCCCUAUCUGGAGCACUACGUACAGGGAGUGCGGAGGUACGUCCUCAAGGAAGAUCCCGCAACUAUACCCAGUGCCAAGAAGAAACUCUCUGCGAUUUGGUAUGGCACAGCACUAGGUCAAAUUCUCUUCAUCGCGGGUACCCUACGUCUUCUCGUGAAGCACACACAGACUUUCAACGACCUCUGGUGGAAUUUGGUGUCUCAACUGUUGAACAUUUAUGUCCGUGUCGUCAUAGCCCUGCGGUCCCACUAGAAACAGCUGACUCCCUCCACCUACGAUGAAGAUCAAUGCUAAUGAACAGCGUAAUGCUUCCGCCCCAAGGAGAGCGUCCCUGCUUGCGGACACCUGAGUGUUGCCCUCGUGGACCGAGGUCUCGCAACAGCAUGGCGGCACUUUCCACGGCAGUCUCCAAGGUGCACGAAACAGUGACUGAAACAAACCGGCCAUUAUUUCCAUACUUGGCUAAUUUUAUAUUGUUGUGCGCGAGCAUUCCCUGCUGCGCGACUAGUACUUGAGGUUUUAACUUGUGCAUUCUGUUGUAACAUGCUAUUGCAGCCUCAAUCCAGAUGGUUGUACAUAUUUCAUACCGACCAGUGUAAAUAUUGCAUGAAAGUGUAAGAUGCCUGCAGUUCAAUAAAUCUUUUUGAUGUGUGCAAAA